GAGUCAUCUGGCUAACGUGAAAUGGCAUCAGGACCACCGGCCGUUAUUCGUGCAGCCGAAGCCAUACGCCAGGCCAAAGCAAUCGUUAUCACAGCUGGUGCGGGUAUGGGUGUAGAUUCAGGCCUGCCGGAUUUUAGAGGCCCCCAGGGAUUUUGGAAAGCUUACCCACCUCUGAAAAAAAUGAACCUUACGCUGUCUCAGAUGAGCACACCUUCUUGGUUUCUGGAAGAUCCAACGUUUGCUUGGGGAUUUUUUGGACACAGGUACAAGUUAUACAAGAAUACCACACCCCAUGAAGGCUUCCACAUCCUGAGGAAAUGGACAAGACAGAUGGACAAAGGCUACUUUGUUUUCACUAGCAAUGUUGAUGGUCACUUCCAAAAGGCAGGAUUCUCAGAAGACAGACUCAUAGAGUGUCAUGGCAGCAUAAAUUAUCUCCAGCUUGUUAAUUGUGACAGUAACCACAUUAUCUGGCCUGUGCCCCCUGAUUUUGACCCAAAGGUGGAUGAGAGUACACUGCAUGCUGCUGAGCCACUCCCCAGGGGCCCACCUUUAGACCCCCAGGGCUUAGCACGCCCUAAUAUCCUCAUGUUUGGGGACUGGGACUGGGUCAGUCAUAGGACUGAUGGCCAGCAGACCCGAUUUAACCAGUUUGUCAGCAAUUUAAAGGCUGAUCCACAUACACCUUUUGUUGUUGUUGAAAUUGGGGCAGGGCUUGCAGUUCCCACGGUCCGAUUCCAGGGUGAAAUGUUAGUGGAGAGGAGCAAAGAAGGGGUGUUGAUAAGAAUUAAUCCCAAUGAGCCCCAGGUGAACAGAGACAGGGAUGUGUCCUUACAGAUGACAGGUCUCCAAGCCCUAAAGCUGAUUGACAAGGCUCUUGAAAAUGUGUGAUAAUAAUUUAUUAUUAUUAUUAUUAUUAUUACUUUUUUGUUGUUAACCAUAAUGAAGAAAGAUCUAUAGACUAUUUAGAGAUAACACCCCUUGAAACAUCUUACAAGACAGCAAUUCUGCAUGAAUUUAUCAUAUAAUUUUGCAAAAUGUGAGAAAACGAUUGUGUUCUGUUGAAAACAUUCAUAUAAAGCAAUUGUUAAAUGCCAU